UCUCUUCUUUUCUUUCGUAAUGAUUCAUCGCUUAAAAGAUGAGUUAAGGAAAAAAGAACAGAGAAAUUAAGGAUAUUUAGAAACAGACAACAGCCGAUAAACAUGAGGACGGAGGAGAAAGAAAAAGAAGAAGAAGAAGAAGAAUGGCCAACAUCAAGAUCAGCUCACGAGGUUUUACUGAUUGUUCUUCCUUAUCUCCACUCUCUCUUCGAGCUUCUCUCCAUGACCGGCGUUUCACGGUCCUUAAGAGACGCGAUCAGAGACGAAACUGCGUUAUGGACAAAGAUCGUUGUUGAACAACCACUAAGCUCUCGUCUAACCGAUGAUAUUCUAUGGGAGAUCACUACCAAAUCCGCCGGAAAAUUAAACACUCUGAUCCUCCGACACUGUCUUAGGAUCACCGACAUGGGGCUUCGACGUGUUGUGGACGCAAAUCCUCUCAUCAGAAAGAUAAUUGUGCCAGGAUGCACUGAACUGACUCCAGAAGGAAUCAUUGGAUGCGUUGAAUCCUUAACAAAGAUGGAGACACUUCACAUCAACGGCGUCCACCGCUUCACUAAAGACCAUCUCUCAGCACUCUCCACUCACCUUCCUCACGAGGGAGCCGUAGAUGUCGAGGUCUGUCCCAAAUGCGACCAAGUCAUGAUGAUUCCCUCUUGCUCGAGAGCGUCAUGUAACCGUGGGAGAAGGCAUGAACGGAAGUGCAGGGGAUGCUGGUUCUGCGUCCCUAGAUGCACGGAGUGUUCGGUGUGCCUAGGAUCAGACACUGAGAUUCAAGAGGCAGCGUGCGGUGGAGACAGUCUGUGUCUUGAAUGUUGGCUUGUGCUUCCGAAGUGCAGGUUCUGCAAUAAACCCUAUUGCUCAAGUCACAGCAGUCUAAGGCAUGAUAUUGUGACCGCUGAUCAUUCUGUUCAGCCUAUGUUUGAGUGUCAAGCUUGUCACUACAGGGCUGGUACUACAAACCCUUAUGACGCUUUCGACUAUCAAAUUUAAACAAACAUGUUGCUUUAGCACCAAGCUUGUUACUAUCAAAAGCUAAACAAACUUAUUCUUCUCUAUAUCUUUGUUCAUGUUAGUAUGUGAAAACCUUUGAUUAUGAUGAAAUAUUAUUAUGAGA